AUGCGUGUAGUAGAAAAACAUCUUCGUGAUGAAGUAACCAAUCGUUGUAUAGAAUUUCUUGAUAUUGCUAUUAAUUUUAUUCUCUACAUUGAACAAAUUUAUUCCAAUGAUAUAUUUGAAAAACGUUCGAAAUAUAAUUUAAUUGUUUAUGAAUGUCAUGAUAUUGAAGUACAAAAUUAUAUAUCAGAUUUUCUUAAUCAAAUAAAACCUUUACUUCGUAAACAAUUAAUUGAUCAAAUAGGUUUUGUUAUUACAACAAAUAAUGAAAAUGAAAUUCUUCGUCGAUAUAUUAUUGAAUUACAUCCAAUUGUUAAUCAUUCAUCAAAUAUAAUUCAUACAAAUGGAAAUUAUUUACUUGCUGAACUUGAUUCUAUCUUUUCCACAUGUCUUAUUGAAUUAAUGCGUCAAACUCCUAUUAAUCCAUUAACAAUAUCAACAGAAAAUGAUGAUAAUGAUGAUGAUAACGAUUCAAUUCGUUGGAAACUACAAAUACGUUUAUGUCAUUAUGAAAAUAAUAAAUUUGAAGUUGAAGAAACAUUUUAUGAACAAUUUAAAUUAAUUGAUAAUUGUUUAUUAUCAUUAAAACAAAUUAAAUCUGUUCAUUCUCAAAGACUUAAUAUUCAAAUAAUGUGUGAAGAUAAAAAAACAACAUAA